AUGGAAUUUCCAUUCGAAAUCUUAAUUCCUAGUGGCUGUUGGACAAAGCAAAGGAACCGACGUGGAGUAAACAAAAUAGAGCCGAGUAAGAUAAAUGAGAAAAAUGGGACGAAAGUAUAUUCCAUAAAAAUAACACAUUUGACAGAAAAUAAAAUCCCAGAGGAGUACUUCAAGUACAACCUGCCUCCCGAACCAAUAUACCCCUACAUCACUGUGCCGAAUAAUUUAUACACGAGGCAAACAAAAGAUGAGCAAUCCGAAGGAGAGAACCCCCCAAGUGGAGGAAACAAAAUAGAUGAUGAAAAAUAUCCAGAAAAUGCGACAGAAAUAGGAAAAAUGACCUCAGAUGAAUUCUCCAAAUGGAAUGAAGAAAAAAUAAAAAAAAUGAAAGACUUGCCUGAACCAAGUAUUGAGGAUUAUAUUGAAGAUACAAAUUUUAAGAAAUAUGUUCAUCCGUGUUUGAUUAAAAGAGUUUCUCCAAAGGAUAAACACAAAGUACAUCACUCGUUGUUGUCCCUUAUUGACCCAAAGGUAGAAUAUUCCAUUAUAGACUGCUUUGAUGAAAAUGAUGAAGAAAAUGACCUCACCGAAUAUGAUGCAGCGUUCAGGGGAAUAGCACCCUGGCCCACCACAGAUGAACUAAGAAGGAAUGAAAAUAACUACCAAUUUGAAAAAACGGAUCUUGAGGUGGAAUACAACAUAACGUAUGACAAGGUGGGGUAUCAGGAGUUUAGGCAAAAGCUGCUUGCGGAGAGGAUGCAAGAUGGUGGAAGGGAGGCCAGUACCGGGGGGGAAGAAGCCAAUAUCGCCGGGGAAGAAGCCAGUACCGCCGGGGAAGAAGCCAGCACCGGGGGGGAAGAACCCAAUACUCGCAGGAAACACCCAACCGAUGGAGAACCCCUUGGUGGCCAACCCAACGAGAACGUCCCUCCAGCUGUGACCGUCGAAGACAUAAGAAAGUUAUACUUCAAGAAGGAGAUCAAAACGUUGAGGGAGGCAAAGGAAGAAAUGGCCAAAUGGGGAGAACGGAAAACGGACUCGAGGAGCACAUGGACGUUGACGGAGGACGAACUGAAGUUGCUACCCGAGAGGUUCAGGCGACUGUACCAGGAGAAGAGAAGGGAGAAAUUGGAGCAGUCCAGGGAGGAGAAGCGGAGGGAGGAGAAGCGGCAGAGGGGGGAGCUGCGGGACGAGUUCUCCUUGUGGGAUGAGAAGGGACUGUCCAGCAUAGAGAAGUUGCGCGCAGAGGAGAGCGGCGAGACGAGCGGCGACCCCACCGCAGAUCUGCUGCCUCAUCAAGCGGAGCACCCCCCAACGAGUGGAGAGCACAUUCUGCACAGUGUUAGAUUACUUGAGGAAAACGUGCUAUACACAAAGGCCAAAUCGCCAGUGGAAAAUAUGCUAUACGAGUGGGACGAUUCGCUGAGCUGCAAAUGGAGAAAGAGAGCUGAAGAAGUGAUACGAGAUGUCAUCAUGUAUGAUUAUCCUAUGAAAGAAGUUAGAAGACCAUCCAAGUUGGACCUUUACGAUGUCACAUGGUAUGCCGGCAAGGUCGAAGUGUUUGUCACUGUAGACAAAACGCAGGGAAAAAAUUACAAAAUAACUUUAUUCGACUUGAAGCAGCUAGUCAAAAAAAUUGCAGAAAGGUUAAAAGAACUUGAAAUUGAUGAAGAAAUUGUUAUUUUACCAUUUUUUGAGUUAGUCGUUUCGUCUCUACCCAGUAAAAAUAUCCUUGUGUGUAGGAAGGACUGGUGUAGUCAUGCUGGCAAAGAAGUCACCGUUUUUUUUAAGGAGAAUAUGUAUCCUCCGUUAGAAGGUAUACUUCUUGGAUCUCCUAGCGUCUUUCAUUUAAUUAUAAACGUUAAUUAUGAGAGGAUAGAAAAUUUGGAUAUUCAUACCAUCGAUAAGGUGAUCCUGAGAGACAGCAAGGAUGAACUUGGGGGUCAUAUUGUACUUAAGGCUGCAAUGGAGAACAAAGAGGGGGGAAAAUCCGAACCAGUUGGAGGAGCCCCUAGUGGGGGUGAUUCAAAAAGGGAGAAUUUACCUGCUCCUGAAGGAGACUCCGAAAUUGCUGCUCCUGAAGGGGACUCCGAAAUUGCUGCUCCUUUGGACGGUGAAGAUGAGGAAGACGAGGAAGACGAGGAGGUGAUCACCAGGAGGACAGGCUUCGAUGAACUGCAGAAGUUGAAGGACAUCGAGCGGGUGGGCACUAGUCCGCUUCGCACCAGCCAACUUCGCAGUAGCCAACUGCACACCGGCCAACUUCGUACUAGCCAACUGCACAAUAAUCAACUGCGCACUGACCAGCUGCGCACUGACCAGCUGCGUGGGGGCGAGGACGCCGACCCGGUUGGGGGUGAAAGCGGCGCGCGUACCAACCUUGACGGCAUCAGCCGGGUUAGCGGCAUUAACCGAUUGGGUGACGAUGACGACGCAGCUAGGAUGCAAAAUGAGGCCCUCGAGGAGGACGAAGAGGAGAGCGACGAGUAUGAAGACGAUGAGUCGUAUGACGACGUCGCGGAUGGAGGGGACGAUGAUGGAGGGGAUAUUUACGGAGGCCACAAUGAUGGAGGUGGCUCAGACGAGGGGGACGUCUACGGAGGUGACGAGGAUGAUUACAUGCCAGGGGGGUGA